UGAGCCCGGUUUCCCAAAGGCAUCUUAAGGCGUCCAAUGGUUCUAAUGAUGAACUUAGCUGUAAGAUGGUUUUGAGAAACCGUUCCCUGAUUAACACUAGAGAGGGAUGUGACUAUUGUGGAUCCUCUGGGGAGCCUCAACAACAUCAUGAAGCUGAUGUGGCAGAGAAAAAAUCACAAUCAUACCAGAGAAUACACACAGGAGAGAAACCUUUUACCUGUGAUGAAUGUGGAAAGAGUUUUACUCAGUCAAGCAACCUGAUAUCACACCAGAGAACACACACAGGAGAGAAGCCUUACCACUGCUCUGACUGCGGAAAGAGGUUCUCAAGAGCAGAGAACCUAAAAGUACACCAGAGAAUCCAUACAGGAGAGAAACCUUAUAGCUGCUCUGACUGUGGGAAGAGGUUUUUUUUGUCAGGACAUUUAAAAUCACACCAGAGAAUACACACAGGAGAGAAACCUUAUAGCUGUGAUCAAUGUGGGAAGAGUUUUACUCAGUCAAGCAACCUGAUAUCACACCAGAGAAUACACACUGGAGAGAAAUAUCACAGCUGCUCUGAUUGUGGGAAGAGAUGCACCACUUUAUCAGACCUCAAAAGACAUCAGAGAAUCCAUACAGGAGAGAAAUGUCAUAGCUGUGAUCAAUGUGGGAAGAGUUUUACUCAGUCAAAGAACCUGAUAUCACACCAGAGAACGCAUACAGGAGAGAAGCCUUACCACUGCUCUGACUGCGGGAAGAGUUUCCCCAGAUCAGAUUCACUAAAAAGACACCAGCGAACACACACAGGUGAGAAAUCUCUUAGCGAGAAAUCUCAUAGCUGUGAACAAUGUGACAAGAGAUACUCUGAUAAAAGAUCUCUGAUUAAACAUCAGACAAUUCAUACAUGAAGGAGUUGUUCCAUAAUAUCAAUGAAAUAAUGUCACAAUGUAGAAUGUUUUAACAUUGUAGUAGGAGUAUUUUAAUGAUGUCACAAUGUAGAAUGUUUUAACGUUCUAGAAAAAUCCAGGUUCUGAAUUGAAAGAGUACUAUUUAACAAAAAAAAAGUGUUGCGUUACACUUACCGCAUUGUUGACCCACGUGAAUUAAAAUGCAACAUUUCAAAAUGUAGUUAGCUGUUUGCUACUAAUUGUUAUCUCACCGGUGAUGUACACAUUUUUCCCAGAUUCCAUGUGGUUUUUGAUCUGUUGGUUUUAACAGGACGUGCAACUUCAUCUCCCCCCCUCUCGCGCAAUUUAUUUCCAAGUGAUAUCGAUAUGAGUGUUGACAAAUAAGUGUUGCAUUUCUCUUAGUUUUGGGGACCCCUACAUUUAAAUGCAUCACUCCAAAAUGUAGAUGACAGUCUUAUGCAAAUUGUCGUUAUUCCACUACUGAAGAAACAUGCCUCAAAUCACCUCAUAUUUCAAACAUUCAGUCUGACAAAAGAUACAUGUUUUAUUAUUCUAUGGCUCACCAUUAAGUUCAUUAUUGCUAAUACCUAUUAACAAAGGGGUGUACAUUUGGCUUUGAUAUUGAAUAUUUCAUAACAUUUUCAAUUCAUGUAACAUUUGCAACCAAAUGACAAUUUUUAUAAAUGUUUAUAAAACAAUGUAAAACAAGCUUAUAUUUUGGGUUUGAUAUUACAUCCUAGUGUUACUAUUUUAAUCAAUGGCAUUUCCUUAGAAUGCUCAUUAGUCUCAGUUUUAUUGUUAUUAUUUUGUUUUUUAUCCUCUUAUGUUUGUUGUGUAGUAAAUAUUUCAGUUUUUAUUUUCAUAUUUUUUUUUAUUACAUUUUCCCUGUGAAGCCAUUGUGUUGCAUCCAUGUCUGAAAUGUGCUAUAUAAAUAAAGCUUGAUUUGAUUUGAGCAUAUUGUAAAACAAAUGAACCCAAUGACCAACAUAUUCUUUCAAAACCAAUGACCAAAUAUGUGUAAAAGCAACAUAUAUCUUGGUCCAUCUUAGUACGAUAAACUAUAAAUUCAGUAUAGGGUGGCAGGUUGCCUUGUGGUUAGAGCGUUGGGCCAGUAACCGAAAGGUUUCUGGAUCAAAUCCCUGAGCUGACAAGUUAAAAAUCUGUCGUUCUGAACACGGCAGUUAACCCACUGUUCCCCAUCUUCAUUGUAAAUAAGAAUUUGUUCUUAACUGACUUGCCUAGUUAAAUAAAAGGUCAAAUUGAAAAACAGUAUAUAUAUUCAGUAUAUCUAAAUAGAAAAAAUAGUGCAUAGUAUGUUAGUUCCCUAUCACUUUUCAACCAAUCCAGUACAUUUUUGUUGAACAUUUUGAAAUUGUAGUGUAAUAUAGAAAUACUUAUCAACUGGAUGAAUCACCAUUUAGUUUGGAAAUGAUCCAACCAUUAUGUAGGUUGGUGGAAAUCCCCAUCGACUGGACGAGUCUCUAUUUAGUUUAGAAAUGAUCCAACCAUUAUGUAGGUUGGUGGAAAUCCCCAUCGACUGGACGAGUCUCCAUUUAGUUUAGAAAUGAUCCAACCAUUAUGUAGGUUGGUGGAAAUGAUCCAACCAUUAUGUAGGUUGGUGGAAAUGAUCCGUCCAUUAUGUAGGUUGGUGGAAAUGAUCCGUCCAUUAUGUAGGUUGGUGGAAAUGAUCCAACCAUUAUGUAGGUUGGUUGAAUAAUAAUAAACUACAUUCAUCAAUCUGACUCCAUUAUCAUGUGAAUGCUAUAGGGCCCAUAAUAGAAUCCAGUGGAUUUAGCCACGGUUGUGAGCCUUGCGUCACCACUCAGAAUAGUAUAGAGAUAAUAAUGUCGCCGAAGGAGAUGGCUGUCAUUUUACGAUCCCAUAACCAGUUAAUCUACCUUUACCAUCGGUCCUAUUAGCUAAAGUACAAUCAAUCGAUAAUAAAAUACACAAACUAUGAGCACGUAUAUCUUACCAACGGGACAUUUAAAACAAAUAUCUUAUGUUUCACCGAGUCGUGGCUGAACGACGACAUGAUUAAGCUUUUUCGGCAGGAUAGAACAGCUGCCUCUGGUAAGACAAGGGGCGACGGCCUAUGUAUAUUUCUAAACAACAGCUGGUGCACGAAAUCUAAGUAAGUCUCGAGGUUUUGCUCACCUGAGGUGGAGUAUCUCAUGAUAAGCUGUAGACCACACUAUCUACCUAGAGAGUUUACAUCUAUAUUUUUCAUAGCUGUUCUAUAUACCACUGCACACCGAUGCUAGCACUAAGACCGCACUCAAUGAUCUGUAUAAGGCCAUAAGCAAACCGGAAAAUGCUAAUCCAGAGGCAGCACUCCUAGUGGCUGGGGACUUUAAUUCAGGGAAACUCAUCCAUUCUACCUAAUCUCUACCAGCGUGUUAAAUGUGCAACGAGGGGAAAAAAUAGACCACCUUUACUCCACACACAGAGACACGUACUGUCAUAACGUCCACAGAAGGUGGCGCCACUCCCCGGUCGAGUGGCGCUCGGCGGUCGUCGUCACCGGCCUACUAGCUGCCACCGAUCCAUGUUUCAUGUGUCUGUUGGUUAUGUCUGUUUAGUACGCACCUGUUCCUUGUUUGUAAUUAGUGGGAGAGUAUUUAGUUUGUCUGUUUCUUGUUUGGGAUUUGUGCGGGAUUGUUCUGUGUUACGUUAAGGUUAAGGGCUGGAUGUUUUUUCCUAUGUGUUUUAUUUACACAACAUUUUUGAUAGGCUAUAGGGUUGCCGGGCUGCGCCCCGUGUAUUUUUUGAGUUUGGAGCUGUUCUCCUUCGUGGUUGUGGUUUUCACCCUGCCUAGUCGUUGUAUUCACUCUGGACAUUAUUAAAUAUAUAUUCUACGGACAUUUAGUCUCCUGCGCCUGACUCACCCGUUUCCUGCUCCUUGAGAUACGUGACAGAAUCCCUCACCUGAAGAUGGAGUCAGCAGGAGCUGAAGCACCAUCCAUGGCAGAUCAAGUUUCACAACAUGCCAGCCUCCUUCAACGACUGGGCACGGCCAUGGAUCAGGUGCUGGCCCGUUUGGAGAGCUGGGAGAGAGCUGCUCCCUCAUCCACCCCAGUGCCUACUCACCACCCUGCGCCCCUACCAGCACCUACCGAACCCAACAUGAGUGGGAUCCGGAUCAUGGCUCCCAGGGAGUUUGAUGGUAUGGCCUCUGGGUCCAAGGUUUUUUUACUACAACUAGAUCUGUACCUGGCGACCGUCCGCCCCUCCCCCCCCCGGACGAAUAGAGGGUGAGCGUCCUCGUCUCAUGCCUUACGGGUAAAGCCCUAGAAUG